ACAGGGUCGCGGGCAGUAUUUAGCGUAUAGUGCGCGCGCGAUGCAUGCGGUCGCCCCACUCGCGUUCGAAAACCCGCGACGUUUCCGUCGCCGCAAACGUCACCCAUUGAUUUUUCCGAUUAUCUAACACCGGACUAGUAGUACGCGCGGCGUUGUUGCCCCCCACCCGACGGUCUGCCGGCCCGUCUAGGUCGCGAGAUAUCGCGAAACCAUGGCCGAAAAAACGUUUAACUAUACCUGCCAGUUCUCUUGUAGGUCGCAGAGCGAUGGAGGCCGUGCGGAGCCCGAGCGGCGGCCGCUGGAGCAAUCCGCCCCCGCCCGGCACCGAGUUCGAUUACUACGACGACGCGUCGGACGCGUCCAGCAAAAGGCGCGAGCCCAAAAGCCCCGCCCACCGCUCCCGGAGCAGGUCUCAUGAGCGCAAGAGGCGCAACAAGAGACGCUCCCGGAGCCGUGGUAGCCGAGAGAGGCGCAGGCGGUCGCGCUCGAAGUCGCGCCGCAGAAAGCGGAGACGCUCGGCGUCGCGCUCGAGGAGCCGCAGGAGGCACGAGCACCGUCGCAGGAAAAGACGCACGAGGUCGUACUCGAGGUCGAGGUCCGACUCGCACCCCCGCAGGAGGGACAAAGACAGAAGGUCGCGCGGGCGGGGCGAUAGAGCGGACUCGGACGCGCGUCACCUCGCCGACGGCGACAUCGUCAAAGAGGAGGACAUGAGGUUAGAGGAUGAAGAGGAGGAGGAGGACGAGGAGGAAACUAACCCGGUGCCAUUCAAGAACGACGGCACCUUCCUCGAAAUGUUCAAAAAGAUGCAGGAAAUGGAAAAGAUGAAGGAGGAGCCCGCCGAAGCUAAGGCCGAGGAGGCGAAAAGGCCGAUAAUGCCACCCACCUUCGGCAAGAGGCGGGGCGGGAAGGUGCUGAAAACGGGCGUCGUGCAAAAGGUCCGCACCAAGGAUGACGAGGAGGAGGCGUCCACGUCUAACGACGCGUGGUCCAUCUAUAUGAAGGAGGUGCGCAAGUAUAAGGAGGCCUGCUGCGACGACGAUUCCAAGACGAGGCCGCUCGUCAAAUAAAGAGAGAAAAAGACGUUUGUGUUGGUGUUAGGCAGUGAUAUGAUUUCUUUUUUAGUGUUUUUAUUUGUACCCCGUUCCGGCGGACGAGUCCUUUAGUUUGUAUCUUUUCUAAGUUUAAGGUUAUGUAAAUAAUAAGGGAGAAAAAACAAUGGGUAUUUAGUUACUUGUCGCCAUUUUGCGCGAGUCGGGGGCAACCGCGCGCGUCUAUUCGUUUGUUUUCGUCACGGCCGCCUUGUCGACGUCGUCUCG